AAGAUUGGCUCUAGGAAGAACCUUCAGAAUAUCUAGUCGUUUGAGCGGUUCCUGUUGUUUAUUUGUUGAAGUUCCAGACAUUUACUGUAGUCUGAUAAAAGAAGGAGAACGAAGAGGAAUACAAAUCUUUAACUUGAAAGUCUUCAUUGCAAGUGACUUUCGUUCAUCUACAGUAGUCAAAGAAUCAUGCCUUCAAUUGCUUGUCUUCAGACACUUCAAAGGGAACUUGCAGAUAGUAUAAUUCGAUGUGCUCCAUUGGACGACAUCCGAAUUUUGUUGGCCUGCGGAGCUAAGGUUAAUGAACCAGUGACUCAGGGCUUGCGCCCCAUUCACUAUGCGGCUUUUCAGCAAUAUUUCGAUGCUCUUAACCUUCUGCUGGUCAGAGGUUGUGAUCCUAACGCUAUGGACGAGAUUGGAUAUACAGCUUUGCACCUGUGUGCAGAACGUGGUUAUGAAGACCUAGUUCUUCUUUUACUCCAGCACAAUGCCAGAGUUUCUUUCACGGAGCUAAAUCGAAAUGAUAAGGCACUUGGAAAUCCACCUCGAGCUACUCUUGCUGAUGAGCCUUUACGGCUUGCCAUUAAGAAUGGUCAUUAUGAAGUCGCUGAAAUUUUGCUCAAGAAUGGGGCAGAUCCCAACGCCAGGUAUUUUCUUGGCGCUGAGAUCAAUUUGAUAAGUCCUUUGAACACUCGGUUUUUAGAAUUAUUGCUCAAAUAUGGUGCUGAUCCGAACUCGAGAGAUCGAACUGGUCUUACUCCUCUGAUGAAGGCUUGUAGGCACCCACAGGGCCUUCUGGCAGCUAAGAUUUUAAUAAAAUAUGGGGCAGAUGUGAACGACAUGACCUCCGAACGCCAUGAUAACAGAACUGUUCUCCACUAUGCUGUACUGAGUGGCAACAUGGACACGGUUAAAUUAUUAUUACGGCAUGGCGCAGUUGUGAGAUUUUCUGCUGAUUACAUGAAACCAAGUCCUCUCGAUUUUGCGAUUCUACGAGGGAACCCAGAAAUGGUCAAGCUUCUAAUCGAAUCUGGAGCAGACGUCAACAUGGGAUCUCCUAUCAUAGGUUGCCCUCUGCAUAUUGCAUUAUCUGAGAAAGUAGACAACAAGGUCGACAUAAUAAAGCUCUUAUUAGACUGCGGUGCAGAUCCUAAUGCUGUAUCUGUAUGUGACGAAGGUCCUUUAAUCAAACCUCCUAUAGGCGAAUACUUCAAUUCCUGCGAUCAUCCCACGGUGGACGUUGUUCGGUUACUUCUAUACUAUGGAGCCAGAGUAGUCAUUAAAUCUCAAAUCCACCAUCCACUAGGGAUCCUCAAAUCUGUUCACAGGUUACAUCCAGAAACGCAUCCAGAGGUCCUAGAAGUCAUCUUAGACGCUGCUGAAGCUUUUAGUGCAGCAUCAAUCAACAGGUCGCUGAUUCUCACAGACCAGCAACGUCAGCUUCUUCUAGAACACGCCUUAACUCCUUUACCUCUGAAACAUAUUCUGAGGCUCUUCAUUAGGAAUAUUUUUGGCGUUGGACCCACUGUUUGCAAGAGGAUUCAGCAUCUUCCUAUCCCCAAAAUAAUCAAGAUGUAUCUUCUGUAUGAAAUAUAGCAUAGGAUAUUCCGUAUUUAGUAGAUUUCCCUUAACUUGGAGUUCUCUUAUUUGAGAUCCUUUGGAAAACUUUGACCCUCAUGGGUCAUAAAGUGGUGGUUGCUGUCUUUGGAGGAGGUCUUUUGUUUUUGAGGCUAAGGCCAUCGAGUGCAUUGGAAGUUUGAAAGAUUUCGAGUUUUGAUGCUUUCUGAUACCGUUACGAAACUGGUACAGAGUUGUGUAACACCCAUAUUUGCAAAUUUUAAUGCGGCAAAAUAAAUUUUGAUUUAAAAUAUUAACUUUUAUAUUAUAUAUAUACCCGACUAAUAACUGUAUCAAAUGAUGAAAUACAUUAAACUGAAAAGUAUAAGAAUGUUUGCAUACCUCUCAUUUAGUAAAAAUAAACUUUUAAUAAAUGCUUUAAGACAAGUUUGUUAAAUAAUGCGGCAUUGUAAAUUAUUUUUUAAUGAAGUAGGUAGUCAAGACAUAUUUUGUAUGUUAAUUUAUUUUAAUAUGAAUAAUUUUACUAUGAAAUGCUUAUAAAUCAAGGUAAUCUUGGAUUAUCCGAUACCAGUUCCAUAUGAAUGUUUUCCCUAUAAAUAGUAUGAAUAAUAAUUUUUAACAGAUUGACGAUUUAUUGGCAAAAUUUCGGAAAAAAAUAAAAUUCUGUAUUUUCAUAUCCUUAAAAGGUAAGAGGUGAAGAAAUUAAACUAUCGUGAACUACCUUUCGUAUAUUUUAACUUUGCAAAUUUAUUAAAUAUAAACGUAAUUGUCUGAGGUACUGAAAUUAAUAAAAAAAAUUCUAUUGCUUGAGAACAAGGUCUUUUUUAAAAUAUUAAAUGUUUACCAUUAAUCAUUUUGAGAAUUAAGUUGCUAUUCAAAAUUGAGCAAAUCAUUCGUCUAAUAUAUUAUGUAUUAUGCGCUUUUCUGUAUAAUAUUCUGGUUUGAGAAUAUCUCUUGUUUUUCAGCUAUGCGUUCGGUCGUUUAACACGUUGAGCGCCACGUCAACCAUCUGUGGCUGACACUAGAUUUUCCGUUUAGGCCGCGUGAGCCAUCUGUGGCUGACACUAGAAUUUCCAUUUAAGCCGCUUCAGACAUCUGUGGCUGACACUAGAUUUUCCGUUUAAGCCGCGUCAGCUAUCCUUCGCUGACACUAGAUUUUCCGUUUAGGCCGCGCCAGCUAUCCUUCGCUGACAUUAGAUUUUCCGUUUAGGCCGCGUUAGCCAUCUGUGGCUUCACUAAACUUUCCGUUUAGGUCGUGUCAGCCAUUUGUGGCUGACACUAGACCUUUUCGUUUAGGCCGCGUCGACCGCCGCUGGCUGACAGCGUGUAACAUGAUAUAUAACUAAAAAAUUUACACUGUUUUAUGAAAUUACACAAAAUUUAUUUAAUAUUGAUUCAUGAUUUGAUUUUGGUUUAUUGGAUUUCAUUGAAACACGGUAAACAUAAAAACGGUUCUCUAUUACAGCUAUUACAAAAUGUGACAACAUUCUUUUAAUCUUUUUUCUGGCCAUUACUCUACCAGCUUCUGUUGCAUUUUUAUAAUAACAUAAUUUACAAUAUUUUCGUAAUUCAGAGGCUUUUCCCGGUUUUCUUCGGAGCUUAUGUUGUCGUUUUCUAGAUAUUCUUGCAUUUUUGUUCGACGGAAUGUCUUCUUUUUCACAACUUGUUGCUAUCUUCUACCGCGAUACGAAUCACUGGCCCUACAGUACCAGCGCUUUUAAGCGAAGCGCGUGGCCUGAAUGGGAUUGCCUAAGACAUACGAGUGGCGCUCAACGUGUUAAUGCGUCUCUUCUAAGAAUAAAUCUUUUUAAAAUCGCAGUCUUUCUUUGCAAUUCAAGAAUACUUGACAACUUUCAGUACAAUUACUAAUGUCUAUUUAAAUUACGCAAUUUUACGUCUAUUAUUUUGAGAGUCAAUUAUGUAUUCAAAGUACUGAAUUAAGAAGAUAAAUUUAAAUAAAGAACGGUGCUUUUAAGAAUGUUUGUUGCUUUUUCUUUCGAACUAGUCUGGACUGUACCUUAUGAUUACGGCAAAACAACAUUAAAGCUAUCUGCCUAUUAAAAGAAUUGCCGUUAUGAAGGACUUUUUAAGCUUCUUCGGAAGGUAGUAACAGUGGCUUCGCAAAUUAUGAGCAAUUGCUUUUAUACAAAAACGUCUAAAGUCCUAUGUUUUUAUAAGAACUUCUUUAGUAUAAUUAUUAGAAAAGAAGAAAGAGCUAUUUUUUUACUAGUAAAGAAGUAAAUUAAUUUUCAGUUACUCAGAAAUUUCAAAUAUAUAUAUAUAUAUGAUAUACCAGCUUUUGUCAGGAAUAAAUAGA